AUGUCUAAUAUUGCUGACCUACAACCCAUUGCCGCUGACAAGGGGAAGCCGUUAGUUGUGGGAAGAAAGAUAGAGCUUCAACUCCCUGUUUCUAGUGCUGUCUGGACGUCUGACAGAUCUACCUUCUAUCAAUUGAAUACAAAAUGUCAGGACUUCGUCACCCGGUAUUUUGGACGGAGUCUCCUGACUCCAGAUGACCCUAAUAUGAAACACGUCAAUCGGAAGCUCCUAAGACUAGCCUUUGCAUACCCCUUUUUGAUGCAUGCUUCUCUAGCCGUGGCGCUUACAUAUGACCGCCACCUGAAUAAUUCUUUAGGAUGUCGUCGCAGUCUGGAAGAGUGCUUUCACUGGUCUCAAAGCACGGCUCUUCUCAACAAACGGUUAGGGGAGACGAUUGCAGAGAAGGAUAAGGAUCCAAUCUGGGGCACUGCAGCUGCUCUGGCUAUCCUGAGCUUCUCGUCCCCUGAUGCAUGCAACCCGGAAGAAGCAUGGCCUCUAAAGUCCUCUGACCACUCCGAUCUGGACUGGAUACGGAUGAGCAAGGCUAAAAUGUCGCUGUGGCACAUAAUAAACCCGCUUCGACCGGCCAGUCUUUUCUGUGUGAUGGCGGACACUUUUGCUGAGAUGGAUUCUCCCUUGCCAGAGAGGGGCAUUGAUGGUAUGCCAAGUGCAUUGGCCUCUGUGUGUCUCCUUGAGGACUCAUCUACGGCGAAGGACAACCCGUAUUUUCAUGCUGCCCACGCUGUAUCCCAGAUCCUGCACCUCCCGGAUAGCAAGGUUUCAACAGGCCAAACUCAAGUCUUCAUGCGCAGUAUCCAUGGCCCCUUUGAAGACUUACUUCGGAAAAAGGACCCUGUAGCACUUUUGUUGCUGUAUCUAUGGUACCGGAAGACAAGUCGCAGUAUAUGGUGGAUUGAACUUCGAGCCAGAGUGGAAUGUCCUUCCAUAUGCUUGUACCUGCGGUUAUAUCACAAAGAGAACCUUGCAGUACAUGCAUUACUUAGAAGAUGCUCUUUUGACAUGUGGGAUUAG